GCAACUCUUUGUCUCUUCUUCUUCUUCUUCUUCUUCUUCUUCUUCGUCACCUUCUCUCCGAUUUGCUCCCGUCGAUUGCGUCAUGUCGUCGUUUGAUCCGCCGAAUCACCGAUACUCUGCCUUAGUAUUGAUUCUUCUUCUGCUUGGUUUCUCGGUAGCGGCGGCCGACGAUGUAUCGUGGACCGAGGAUUCCAGCCUCGAGUCUCCUGGCUGUACCAAUAAGUUUCAAAUGGUAAAGGUCUUAAAUUGGGUUGAUGGGGUUGAAGGAGACUUCCUUACUGGCUUAACUGCUCAAUUUGGAGCAGCCUUGCCUUCUGCUGCUGAUCAAAGUCUUAGAUUUCCAGCUGCUUUUGUAGAUCCUUUGGACUCUUGUUCCAAUCUCUCUUCCAGGUUAGAUGGACAUAUUGCCUUGUCGAUCCGUGGAAAUUGUGCUUUCACUGAGAAGGCAAAACAUGCUGAGGCAGCUGGUGCUUCUGCUCUCUUGGUCAUUAAUGACAAAGAAGAUCUUGAUGAGAUGGGAUGUAUGGAAAAGGACACGUCUCUAAAUGUGAGCAUACCUGUCUUAAUGAUCUCCAAGUCAAGCGGGGAUGCUCUCAACAAGUCUAUGGUAGACAAUAAGAGUGUUGAGCUUUUGUUGUAUGCUCCAAAGCGUCCUGUCGUGGACCUCACAGCUGGAUUGUUAUUGCUCAUGGCUGUUGGAACUGUUGUCGUUGCAUCACUGUGGUCAGAGCUUACAGAUCCUGACCAAGCUAAUGAAUCUUACAGCAUAUUAGCAAAGGAAAUUUCUAGUGCUGGGACCAGAAAAGAUGACCCAGAGAAGGAAAUCCUUGAUAUAAGUGUCACUGGUGCUGUAUUUUUUAUUGUAACAGCCUCCAUUUUUCUGCUGCUCCUUUUCUACUUCAUGUCAUCAUGGUUUGUAUGGGUGCUCACCAUAUUUUUCUGCAUUGGCGGCAUGCAGGGUAUGCAUAACAUCAUUAUGGCAGUUAUAUUGAGAAAAUGCAGACAUCUUGGUCGGAAAUCUGUGAAGCUCCCUUUGCUUGGAACAAUGUCAGUGUUGUCACUUUUGGUGAAUAUUGUUUGCUUGGCGUUUGCUGUUUUCUGGUUUAUAAAACGGCACACAUCGUAUUCUUGGGUUGGCCAAGACAUUUUGGGCAUAUGUUUGAUGAUCACUGCCUUGCAAGUGGUUCGAUUACCUAACAUCAAGGUUGCUACUGUACUUCUUUGCUGCGCGUUUGUGUAUGACAUUUUCUGGGUCUUCAUAUCACCAUUGAUAUUUCACGAGAGUGUUAUGAUUGUGGUUGCCCAAGGAGACAGCAGCAGCGGAGAGUCCAUUCCGAUGCUACUAAGGAUUCCUCGGUUCUUUGAUCCUUGGGGUGGUUAUGACAUGAUUGGUUUUGGGGACAUCCUCUUCCCCGGUUUGCUCAUUUCCUUUGCUUCCAGAUAUGACAAGAUAAAAAAGAGGGUAAUAUCAAAUGGGUACUUCCUUUGGUUGACUAUCGGCUAUGGAAUAGGUCUGUUACUGACAUAUCUAGGUCUGUAUCUUAUGGACGGACAUGGCCAGCCUGCGCUAUUAUACAUCGUACCCUGCACACUCGGUUUGGCCGUCAUACUGGGGUUGGUAAGAGGAGAGCUUAAAGAACUAUGGAAUUACGGUUGUGAAGAAUCAGAGUCUCACACAACGGAGGAUCCAAUGCCUGUGGCAUAAUAACAUGAUUCAACAAUCUAAUGAUGUGUUAUCAAUCAAACAUAGCUUUUCCCCAAAACAGCGAGCAUAGCUUAAGCAGAUUUCAUAUGUGAAAGAUGCACAAAAGCUGAUGUAAGUUCUCUGCAAAGCCAAAGUUAAUCAGAUGCCUAAGACACAUCGAAAAGUGUAAUAUAUCGUAUUUUUUUCU